AUGUCUGACCAAAAUGUCCACAACGCCGGUUUCACUUCCUCGGGGAUCACACGAGGAUCACUUGCUUCAUCAAUGAUGUCCCAUGAAGCAAAAGCUUCUGGGGGAGGUGUGCAUUCUGGAGGCCCUACCUCUACUCUCCAGGAAAUGGGUGCCAGAGGCUCAACCCAUUCAUCAGGUUUUACCAGCAGUGGCAUCUCCGCUGGAUCCCAGGCCUCCCAGAUGAUGUCCCAUGAGGCCAGAUCUCAUGGAGGUGGAACUCCCCGGGGGGGUACAACUUCCACUGUCCAAUCCAUCUCAAUGGGUGGCAAAGGAGGAAGACACUGA